AAGACCCAGCUUAGCAGGAGGUGAGCAGAGAAAGCGAAACUCAGCCCUACACAGACAAUCCGAAGACAGCCUGAUUGGUAAAAGCUGCACAGGACUGACAGCAAUGAAACUGUUCGCCAUCUACUGUGUGUUCCUGCUGCUCCUGUGUUUGGCUUGUCCAAAGGCAGACUGCAGGUUCCAGGAGCAAUCAGUGGAGAUUAGAAAUCCCGAUAUCGAUGCCUCUUGGUAUACAGGCCGUGGAAUCAGACCGGUGGGUCGCUUCGGCAGACGAGGCACAGAGAGUCGUCGCAAUUCCUAUUCUGGAUCCCGCCUGCUGUGCAUCCCAGUAGACGACAACGAUGACCCCGUACUAGAUGAAUAAAUAUUAUUAUUAUUAUUAUUAUUAUUAUUAUUAUUAUUAUUAUUAUUAUUAUUAUUAUUAUUAUUAUCCCCUUUCUCUUCUUACUUCUCAUUGCAUUUCUGUUGUGUAUUUAUUUAUGUGAUUAAAAAAUCGUUUAUACAAAACACCAAAGAGGAAGGUCUAUUGUAAAGCCCAGUGAAAUUAGUACAUGGGCUAAUUUGGAUUAUUUUGCAAAAUAAAUGAAUAACAAUAAUUAUGUUUUUUACCCAUCUUAAAUAAAUUUCUUUAAAAAAUGUAAA